AUGACACCAGGUGUGAAGCGAAAAUCGGAUGAAACUCUAGACGGUCAAGCUGGAGUGGAACAGAGUGAAGAUGGAAUGCUAUGGUCUUUUUCUACUCCAAAUCAUUCGAAAGACAGCUGGCAAGCACUCUACCUCGCUGCCGAUGAAGGCCUACUGCUCACAGAUGUCAGCACUUUUCCCACUGGAGCUUUCGCAGGUUACAGCUCUUCAGGGUAUAAAUCUACAUCGAAAGGCUUCAACAACUCCAAAGGGGCACUAAGGCUACUCUUUAAAAAAUCAGCAACUGUCACUUCAUUGAGCGAUAUUACCUCUCUUACUCGUGACCGUAAAGAGUUCCACCUAUUUCGGCCUUAUUUCUUCCAUGAUUUAUCAUUUCUGUUCACUAAGGAUGUUGCAAGAGGCGAAGAGCUUGUGUUUGAAAUGCUUCAAAAGCUGGUAGGCUCAGCAGUAAUUGAUAUAAAGGAGAUAGAAGAACUAAGGUCUAUGUGUCCUGACCCUUACUUGCCAAAUAGGAUUUAUAGAUUGACAUGGCAAGUGAUCGAAAUAGCAGUUGGAAGACGACUAUGCAAUGACUUGCAAGAACAACUGCGAGAUGAAAUUCGAAAAAAGAUCAAAGAGAGUGCCCUACCUUUGAUACUAACUUGA